ACCUCUCCCCGAGCUCGAUCGAUCACGAGGACAUGCUCGUGUACUGUGACCCGGAGGAGGAAGAAGAGGCCAGAGGCAAGAAGAGGCCCAAGAGGACAUACAGUUUCGCCGAAUCAAUUGGGAGCAACAGCCCCAGAGCUUACACCGGCGGUUUCGGCAGUGGGGGGAUCAGCCGGUCCAGCAGCAUGAGCAGCCUCGACACCUUCCCGAGGCUCCACUUCCGUGACCACAUAUGGACGUACUCGCAGCAGUACGUCGCAGUGGAGGCUGUCGAGGAGGCGGCAGCGGCGGUCUCUGUCGGUGGUGGUGAAGAGGAGGACGGGACCGCUGACGGGAUGAGGCUCCUCCAGCUCCUUGUCGCGUGCGCCGAGGCUGUGGCCUGCCGCGACAAGUUGCAGGCGUCGUCACUGCUGUCGGAGCUCCGGUCUCGAGCGCUGGUGUUCGGUACCUCGUUCCAGCGAGUGGCCUCGUGCUUCGUCCAGGGCCUGGCUGACCGAUUGUCCCUGCUCCAGCCGCUUGGCACUUUGGGCUUCAUCUCGCCGGCGGUGGUGGCAGCAGCGUCUGGGGCCGCCGCCCCUGACGAGAAGGAGGAGGCCUUGCGGCUGGCCUACAAGAUCUGCCCGUACAUCCAGUUCGGUCACUUCGUGGCCAACACUUCCAUAUUGGAAGCCUUUGAGGGAGAAAAUUUUGUCCACGUGGUGGACCUGGGCAUGUCCCUGGGCCUGCCAGGUGGGCACCAGUGGCGGCGGCUGAUCCAGAGCCUCGCGGGCCGCCAUGGCCAGCCACCGCGCCGCCUCCGCAUCACUGCCAUCGGCCUCAGUGCUGAGAAGUUCUGCUCCAUCGGGGACGAGCUCAGCGCCUAUGCGCUCAACUUCGGGAUUAAUCUGGAGUUCUUUGUGGUGGAGACCAAUCUGGAGAAUCUGCAGGCUGAAGACAUCAAAAUCUGUGAAGGUGAAGUGCUCGCUGUGAACAGCAUUCUUCAGCUGCAUUGUGUUGUCAAAGAGAGCAGAGGAGCUCUGAAUUCUGUGCUUCAAAUGAUUCAUAACUUAUCACCCAAAGUCCUGGUCCUGGUGGAGCAAGAUUCCAGCCACAAUGGGCCUUUCUUUCUUGGGAGGUUCAUGGAGGCUCUGCACUACUACUCUGCGAUCUUCGACUCCCUGGACGUGAUGCUGCCCAAGUACGACACCCGGAGGGCCAAGGUGGAGCAGUUCUACUUCGCCGAGGAGAUCAAGAAUAUAGUGAGCUGCGAGGGGCCGGCGAGGGUGGAGCGGCACGAGAGGGUGGACCAGUGGCGGCGGAGGAUGAGCAGGGCCGGGUUCCAGUUGGCGCCAAUCAAGAUGAUGGCUCAGGCCAAGCAGUGGCUCGGCAAGAACAAGGUCUGUGAGGGUUACACUGUUGUUGAAGAGAAAGGGUGCCUUGUUCUGGGGUGGAACUCCAAGCCCAUUGUUGCUGCUUCUUGCUGGAAAUGCUAAGAACAGGACCCCAGCUUGAACCACGCACUUGCUAUAAGUUGGCAAUUUCUAGUGAAGUUCAAGCAACAGUUCCAAAGUACCUGGGUUUUGCUUUCUGAUGGAAUAUGAAUACGGCUUCUCUCUUUUUCCAAUAACGACAAUAAUCGAUGCGUGCUAAGCUACAUGGGUUUGUAGCUGUGUCGAGACUCG